AUGGAAACUGGAGUUAUCAUCCAAGAACCAAUAUUUACAAAGACAAACGUUGAAGAAGCUCCUGCAGGAGUAGGACUAGACCACUCAUCCAUGGAUGUGAAAAAGGUAAACAAUAUUAUUCCGGGAGAGGCAGAAGAAGUUGUAAACGGUUCAGGGAAUAAGGAAACCGAAGAACCAGAACACGAGAAAGAAGAAGCGAUGACGACUGUUUCGGUUGUGGAAGAAGAAGGUAAGAUCGUUAAAGAGAAAGCUAUCGAGACAGAAGAAGAUGAACAAAGCUUUACAUUUGUUCAUGAACCUGAAAGCUUCAACAAAACCAUUGAGGAUUCAGAGAAAAUCUUAAGUGAUGUGAGUUUAGAAAAGGCGAAAGAAGAUGAUAUUACUCCAAAACCAGAAGAGGUAAGUGUUGAAAAGCCGGUAAAACAAGUAGACGAUGAUUCAAGAACUGCUGAGACCUCUGUAAAUGGAACAGAGGCUGAGCACAAAGACACUGUUUCAGUAGAAGAAACUGCUCCAGAAGAAGAAACCGCAACAAAUGGUGAAUCACUACAUGAUGUUGAAACUACAAAAAGAGUCCUUCUUGAAGCGGAGAAAGAUCAAACAGAGAUUGUAAAGACAGUUAUCGAAGACCAUGGGAUCGUUAAUAAUGAAGAAACUAAAGUUCAUGAAUCUGAAAGCUCCAAGGAGAAUGUAAAUUCAGUGGAAGAAGUCAAAAACUCAGAUGAUGCAGAGAAAUUCUCACGUGAAGUGAAUGUAGACAGAGGAAAGGAAGAGGACAUAACACCAAAACAAGAAGAGGUACAAGAGAGUCUUACUGUUAUUGAAACGCCAACGAUACAAGAAGAAGACAUUGUCUCAAAAGCUUCAAAGGAGAGUGAAGAAAAAGAACAUGUGUUGGUGAGAGACUUACCACAAGAUGAGACCCUUGUAACUGUAGAUACCUCAACAGUCCAAGAAUCUGCAAUGUUGAAGAGUUUGGAGACGAGAAUCGAUGAAACAGUUGCGGAACCGACUCAGGACCUGAAUUUGGUUAAAGAACAAGAAGAAGCAGAGACGGUAAAGACCGUCAAAUCAUCUGAUGAGGUGCAAGAAAGUAUUAUGGUAGAUAAAAUCUCCAAAGAAACUGAAGAAGAUGAACAUGUUUUGGUGACAAAUAUGCCACAGGGUGAGAUCUUUGUAACUGAAGCUGAGACUUUGGAGGCCAAAGAAGACACAGAGCCGAAUGUAUACCUGAAUAAAGAACAAGAGGGAACAGAAAAAAUUGAAGAGAGUCCAUCAGAUCUUGCGUUGAAGUUAGAUAAAGAGGAGGUUAAAGAUGCAAAUAUAAAUGCAGAUGAAGAAUAUGGAGGCCAAAUUAUGGAGGAACAGAGAGGCCUAGACUCGAAAGAGCCAGAGGCAGAGCAAACUGAUCGAAACAGAAACGAUGAAACAGAGGAAAAUAUGGUUUCUCAUCCGGUUAUAGAAUCAGUUAAGGAGAUAGAGAAGCCAUCUCUCGAGCCUCCUUCUGAAGUAUCAGAGGAAACAAGCAAAACCAUAGAUGAUAAUAUCGAAGAAAACCUUAAAGAAGAAGUAACACCACAUCAAGAAGGUCAAGAGGAAGGUUCUUAUGGAUUAGAGACAAAAGAAGAAACAGUCGUGGAAGAAAGGAGUGUGGUUGAUCUGACUCCUCUGCAACAAGAAUCAUGCCUGAAAAAUGAGCAAGAAGAAGAAACAAAGUUUGAGAAAGAACAAACAGAGAAGCAUGAACCAGCAAAUGAUGAAGUUGCUGAUGACCAGAAGACUCUUUUGGAAGAAAAAUCUGAUGAAGUUAUACAAGUUUCAUCUGCAUCACUUCAGGAAGGUGAGACCAUUGCUGAAGCCGAAAAGAUUCAAGACAUAAAAGCGAAUGAGGAAGAACAAGAUAUUGCAUUGAAGGUUGAUAAAGAGGAGCUAAAAGAUGACAAGAUGAAUGAGCCAGAGGUAGAUAAAAUUGAUCAAAACAGAACCGGUGAAACAGAGGAAAUCCUAGUUGAAAAGCUGGUUUCUCCUCCGGUGGAGGAUAUGGAGAAGCCAUCUCUCGAGUCUUUUUCUGAAGCAUCAGAGGAAACAGUCAAAACCAUAGAUGAAAAGACCGAAGAAAAGCCAGAAGGAGAAGAAGCAACACCACAUCAAGAAGGUCAGGAGAAAAGUUUUAAUGGAUUAGAGACUAAAGAAGAGAAAGUUUCAGUACCAGAAAGUAUUGAGCUUGGAGAUAUAGUCCUGGAAGAAAGGAGUGUGGUUGAUCUAACUCCUCUGCAACAAGAAUCAUGCUUGAAAAAUGAGCAAGAAAAAGAAAUGAAGUUUGAGAAAGAACAAAUAGAGAAGCAUGGAGAAGUUGAAUCUGAUGAAGUUACAGAAGAUUCAAGAACUGCAGAGAUUGAGCAAAAUGCACCGGUUUCAGCAGAAGAAAUCUCGGAGAACACUGUAAAUGAAACAGCUCCAGAAGAUGAUCAUCAAGGAAAGAAUGCAGAACCAGUGGAAGCAAUCAAAGAAUCAGAUGAUGCAGAGAUAAUCUCACAUGAUGUGGCUGGAGACAGAGAAAAGGAAGAUGACACAACCCGGAAAGCAGAAGAGGUUCAAGAAAGUCCUGAGGUAAUCGAAACGCCGACGAUACAAGGAGAUAAGUUUGAAUCGGAAGCUUCAACGGAUGUUCAGGAGCAAGAACACGUGUUGGUGAGAGAUAUGCCUCAGAUUGAGACCAUUGUACCUGAAGCUGAGGCUGCAAGUACUUCACCAGCCCAAGAAGCUGAAAUCUUGAAGACUCAGAAGGCUACAAACAAUGAAACAGAAGCAGGCCAAGUGACAAAAGAAGACACAGAACCGAGUCUGGACAUGAAAGAGGACCAAGAAACAGAGGAAACAGAGACGGUAAAGCCAGUCAUGUCAUCUGAUGAGGUGAGACUUUCCGAUCAAGUUGAGGUUCCAGCAGAACAAUCUGUUGAGGUCAAAUCUAAGGAGACUGUUCAAGACGAAAGCAGAGAGGAGAAGCAUGAGAAUCUUGUUGAUGUACCAUUUGAAGAAUCAGAGAAGUAUCAAGACAAUGAACCUGAGACAACUCUAGCCUCCAAGAAAUUUGAAGAAAUGCCAUCAGAUCUUACGUUGAAGGUAGACAAAGAGGAGAUAAAGGAUGAUCAAUUUUAUGAAACUCAAAUCAUGGAGGAACAAAGAGGCCUAGACUCAAAUGAGCCAGAGGCAGAGCAAAUUGAUCAAAACAGAACCGAUGAAACAGAGGACACUCCAGUUGAAAAUCUGGUUACUGUUGAAGGUGAGAGCACACACAGCCAAACUCUUCUUGAUGCAGAAUCAGUUGCAAAGGUGGAGAAGCCAUAUCUUGAGCCUCCUUCUGAACUAUCAGAGGAAACAAGUGAAACCGUAGACGAGAAGAUAGAAGAAAAACCAGAAGAAGAAGAAGUAACACAACAUCAAGAAGGUCAAGAGAAAGGUUCUUCUGGAUUAGAGACCAAAGAUGAGACAGUUUCAGUACCAGAAAGUAGUGAGCUUGGAGAAAAACCCCAUGAAAAAGAAUCAUGCCUGCCAAACGAAGAAGAUAAGGAAACAAAGUUACAAGAAGAGCAAAUAGAGACGCAUGAACCAACAAUGGCAGAAGUUUCUUAUGACCGUCCUGUGGAAGAAAAAUCUGAUAAAGUUAUACAAGUUUCAUCUGCAUCACCUUCAGAGGAAAGGGAAGAUGAUACAUUUGUUGAAGACAAAAAAGUAGAUGAGGAAGAAAAAGUAGCAGACAAGAUCCAGAAAAGUCUUGAGACUGCUGAAACAGUUGAGCCUCAUAGCUCAUUGCCAUCAUCUUCAGAGGAGAAAGAACAUGAGACUGUUUCCGAGAAGAUAGAAGAGGAGAAAGUGGAGGAAGAACAAAAAACUGAGGAUGAAGCAACAAAAAGCCAUGAGAGACAAGAGGAGUUAUCUAAGACUGAAGCAACAACUGUUGAGACAAGAGAUAUUGGAUCUUCUUCUCUGAGUGAAAAAGACUCUCUGGAUCAGACGCAUGCAGAAGUACAAGUCAAGGAUGAUGAAACUUUGACUGCAGAGGCAAUGAAAGGAGAUGGGGAGAGAACAGUGAGAGACAUGAUGCCACAAAGUGAGACCAUUGUAACUGAAGCUGAGCCUGUAAAAGAGACUUCAGCAGUCCAAGAAUCUCCAAUAUUGACGAUUUUGGAGACGAAAAAUGAUGAAACAGAGGCAGUGCAUAGUCCAAUAGGUGGAGAGGAAGAAAUCCAAUUGGCAAAAGAACACACAGGACCGAUUAUGGAGGUGAAAGAGGAUAAAGAAGAAGAGGUAACAGAGACGAUAAAGAGCGUCAUUGUAUCUGAUGAGGUGAGAUCUUCUGAUGUUCAGGCAGAAGAAUCUGGUGAGCAUACCGAACAUUGUAGCUCAGAGAUAAAAAAUGAGAGCCAGGGAAGAGAUGAAUCUGUUGAUGUCAAACCUAAGGAGAUCAUUCAAGAGGAGACCACUCAGGACAAGGAUGAUAAUCUUCUCGAUGUAACAUCUGGAGAAUCAGCCCUUGGAUCUGCUUCUGAAGUAUCAGAGGAAACAAGCAAAACCGUAGAUGAGAAGAUUGAAGAAAAACCACAAGAAGAAGUAAUACCACAUCAAGAAGGUCAAGAGGAAGAAAAAGAACCAAAGUUAGCGAAAGAGAAAACAAAGAAGCAUGAAUCAGCAAGUGAAGAAGAUGCUAAUGCACAACAAACUCCUGCUGCAGAAAAAUCUGAUGAAGUUAUACAAGUCUCGUCUGCAUCACCUUCAGAGGAAAAGGAAAUUGAGACCGUUGUUGAAGCUGAAAAGAUUGAAGACAAAGCCAAUGAGGAAGAUCAAGCAGCAGACAAGAUCCAGAGAAGUCUUGAGACUUUUGAAACAGUUGAACCUCAUAUUUCAUUUCCAUCACCUCCAGAGGAACACAGCACUGUAGCUGAAGGCGUAAAAGUGAAGGAGACAGAACCGGUGGGAGAUAUCAGCGAGAAAGGUCUUGAUGUUUCUGAAACAAAAGAUCUGAGUCUUCCACUAGAAUCAUCUAGAUCAGAUGAAACAGAGUCCUCUGAAUUGGUUGCAGAAGCUGAAGAACAGAAGCCGAAGCAAGUCAAAGAGAUUCUUGAAGGGGAAAUAAAGGAAGUAGAUGAGAUAAAAGCAGACACUAUUCCAAAAGAGACUCACUCUGAUGUUGCACAAGAAGAGCAGGCAAGAGACUUACAUGUUGAGCAAGAAGUGGUCAGCUCAGCAGAAAAAGAAGAAACAAAAGCAAAAGAGCCUGAAGAUGAACAUGUUGAUUCUUCAGAGAAAAAUGAUGAUGAGACUCUGAUUGCAGAGACAAAGAAAGAAGAUGAAGAUAUAACAGUGGGUUUAGAUGGUUUAGGUACUUCAACGACAGCAGAAAAUGUAUGCAGUAAACAAGAAGAAGAGUUUGAGAAUGUUGAAGAUCCAAAGCUAGAGGAGUCAAAAGACGACAAGAGCCAGGAAGUUUCUGAGACCAUUGAAGCAGUUGAAGCUACGGAAGAUCACACUCUAGUCACUGAAACAUCAGAAGCUCAUCAGACUCCAUCGUUUCUUUCAGAACUAGAAGACCAAAUUCCAAACCAAAUUGAGGAGAUUCAUGAAGAAGAAACAGAGGAAGCACACAAGUCACAAGUUGUUGAUGACCAGAAUUCAAAGCAAGUUGAGGAGAUUCAUGAAAAAUCAGAAACAAAGGAAGCUCACAGUGUAGAAGCUACAAGUGAUCAAAAUCUUCCAGAUGAAACAUCACAGACAGAUAAAACUCCAGAGCAGAUUGAGGAGAUUCAUGAAGAAGAAACAAAGGAAGCACACAAGUUACAAGAAGAAGAAGAAGUCCUCCCAACUGAAAAUGUUCCAAGAGAAGCUCCAGUUUCCAUGUUGGCUUCUGGGGAAGGCAAUUCUGCAGGUGACGCACAAGAGGAGCAACAUGUUUCUGCAGAAACAGAAGAGAGUGUAGGAGACACAAAACCAAAAGAAUCAGAAGAGGAAAUAACAGAAAAAUCAAAUGAUCAGAUUGAGACUUCAACUAAAGCCACAAAGGUAGAAGAUGAAGAUACAAAGAAACCGGAUAGUGAAGUGGCUGAAGUAACAGAAGAACAAAGCCUGCCACAUGCUCCGGAGAAUGCACCCCUGAAGCAGGAGGAGUCAAAGGAUCUUGGAACGCCACACAAAGAUGUAGUCAAAGAAGAAAAAAGUCCUCUAAGGAAUGAUAAUCCAGAGUAUCUUACAGAGGAGGCAGAGCAUGGAGAUGAGAAUAUCUCAACUCUUCCAGUUGUUGAUAUCUUGAAAGGACUCCAAGCUACAUUGCAGGAGGAGAGAGAAAUCAAUGAUUCCGAAUCAACAGAGGGAAACAUGGUAACAGAGCCAUCAGAACAAGAACAGAAGACAGGUGAUGCUGAGGUUGAACCAGAAACCGUGGAGAAGAAUCUUUCUACUGAUAUAAGCGAGCCGGUGCCUGAGGAAAAACAAGAUGAGAAAGUCGUGGAGGAAUAUCCGGCUUCUGAGAUCAAAGAAGCAAGUACGUUACAACAAGAUGCGAGUGGAGAAACUGAAAAAAUCCAGGAAGUAAACGAUCUUGAAAAGAAAUCUCUUCUAGAAGAAGAAGUCAAGUUGCAAGAGGAACAUAAAGAAGAGGGAAAUGUACAAGAAAUAAUAAGCAGAGAGUUUGAAGUUAACGUAGAAGAGAAAUCACAAGAAGAAACUAGAGAGAUUGCUGAUCAGUCACUUACAGAAGUGGUACCUGGUGAGAAGAUUCUGAUUCCAUCUUCUGAUUUUCCUACUGAAGAGUCGGAGCAUGUGGUUUCUGGUGAAAAGCAAGAAGAAGUCAGUGCACAGAAAGGUGCCAAUGCUUCGAUAACAGAGCCAGAGCAGAUAAGUCUACAAGAAGAGAAGAAGGCAGAAACUCAUGAAACUGUUAAAGAAGAUCAAAGUUUUGAUAUCAAAGAGGAAAAAAAGACUGAGAAGUUGGAGGGUCUUUCUGUUACAAGGGAUGAUAAAGAAACUUUUGGAUCAGAAGUGAAAAAGGAUAAAGAAGAUGCGAUCAACGAGGUAACCACAUCAGAGAAGCAAAUUACAGAGCCACCGAGUGAAGCUGAGAAAGAAUCAAAUGAAGAACAUGUUGAAUCUCAAGCGAUAUCAGAUGAUACAAAGAACAAUACUGAUAGGGAUUUUCCUACAGAAGAAAUACCAAAGGAACAACGAGAAGAGGUUAAUGCUGAUAAAUCUCUCACAAAUGAAGUACUAGACGAGCAAGAACUCAUUCAGUCUCCCAAAAAGGUUGAAGAAGAAGAGAAAAACGAGAAAACUGUUGAGGCAUUGAUCACGAGCGAAAACGUGCUAGUGCAAGAUCAGUCCAAGGACUUUGAACAAGACAAGAAGUCGAAUGAUCUCACAUAUGUCCAGGGAGAAAAUGUUACUAAUGAUUCAGCCCUAGCGCAAAAGGAAGAAACAAGCUUAACAGAGGAGAAGAGGGAGGUUGAUAAUGUGAAGACAGAGAUCAAACAUGGAGUUUCUACAGAAGAGAAGAACAAUGAGUCUGAAAAGAUUGAUCAAGAGGAGAGUAAGCAAACAGAUCAUAUCAAGGAAGAGAUCAAAGAAGAAGAUCAGAAGGAAACAACAACACAGGAAGCACAAGAAUGUCUCAACAAUAUCAAGAACAUUGAUAAUGCGACAGAAAGAACAAAAUCCGAGUCUUCUCGAGAGAUCGAAAACUUGUCUUCUGUCAGCAACACACAAGAAAAAUCAAAGAAAGAAGAUGAAGUUCCAAAGCUAGAGACUCUAAAGAUUGCAGAAGAGUUGCAGCCACAGCCAAAGGAUGGAGAAGCUGAGAACAAACAAGAAUCCGAACCAACAGUGAAUGAACCAGCAAGGAAAUCGCAAUCAGAUCAAGUGAAAGGAACAAACAAGUCUGAAGAUGCAGCAACAAAACCUCAUAUCGAAGAGGAGGCUAAAACAGAGGAAGAAGAUGAAGAUGGAGAUGAACAUAAAGAUGAUAAAACAAGUCCAGAUUCUAUUGUGAUGGUUGAAGCUAAAGAUACAGUAAACAUUACCAAAACUCAACAUAAGAAAUCACAAGGCAUUCUCUCACAGGUAAAGCAUUCGAUCUCUAAGGUGAAGAAAGCACUCACUGGAAAAUCUUCUCAUACAACAAAGCCUUCAUCACCAAAAUGA